CUAGACUUGACUUAUUCCACUGACCAUAGACUUCAUUACACGGUACAGCAUUACAGCAGCCUCUCUCAGCUCUCUUUCAUUCAACACGAGUCAUCACAAGAGCAAGAUGCACCUCCUCGAAUAAUGCCAGACAACAGCAGCGCAUCUCAGCCUGCCUCGCACCUUGACGUGUACGCAGAGCCUUACAUUCCGCUCGCAUUGAAACAGGUCAACGAAGCUCCAGCACAUCGCGUUGCGUGCAGACCAGCGCCGUGGAUCAACUUCGAUGCCUACGUUGCGGCGUUUGCUGGACCGUUCUUCAACGCCCGUCCAGCACCGACUCUGGUGCUUUCACCACCAAUAGACGAGCCGGCAACACUAGAGCAGCACAACUAUGACCAAUUCUUCAGAGCAGCUCUACAACGAGAGAUAGACGCGCAGCUGAAAGACUGCGAGAGGUACGCGCUUUACCAAGUACCUCUCUGGCAAAAUCCUGAAGAUGUUUCAUUUUCCACACACAGACUUCUCGUUCCAGGCCUGCGCGAGAGCUUCCUUUCCAUUGAGGUGGGCGACAUCGUCAAUGUGCGCCAGAUCCGAUACGAUCAGAGUGGCAACGUUAUUACGUCUUCAGGUAUUGUGAACAAUAGAGGCGAGCUUUUACCUGGCCGAUUGGAUAUCUGUUACGAUGCAGUCGUCUGGCUUGUUGAUCGCUUCAAUGAGACUCUCCAUUUGAGGAUCGAUAACUUUGUCCCAGCAAGCCGAUUCUUCAACAUUUGCUUCACGAUGCAGACAUCACGCCAUGCUGCCCUGCAGGCUGCUGUUUUAGAGGUCUGCACACAGCUGGAGUGUGGCAAUGAAUGGCUGCAACGCAUGCUAUUCCCAGAGCCGAAAGAUGGCACGCUUCAGAGAACCCUGAAUGCUGCUCGUUACGAUCUCGACCUGAUCGACCCUUUGUUGAAUCACGAGCAGAUGCGAGCAAUUAACACAGUCUUGUACGAGGACUAUGGCCGUGUGCCUUACCUCAUCUCUGGACCGCCCGGAACUGGUAAAACCAAAACGGUUGUCGAGCUUGCACUACAGCUCUUGGGGCAGGACGAAACGAGGCAUCUCCUCAUAUGCGCGCCAUCCGAUUCGGCCGCCGAUACCCUGGUCCGACGCUUGAGCUCUCGUUUAUCGCCAAAAGAGUUACUCCGCCUGAACUCCGUUGCUCGAAGUUUCCCAGAGGUGCCAAAUGCGGUCCUGCCAUUCUGCUACGUUGACGAUCGCAUCUUUGCGAUGCCGCCCUUUGCUGAGUUCAUGCAGAAGCAAGUCGUGGUGACAACAACUCGCGAUGCAGAGCUGUUAAGGAGAUCUCGACUCACUAAUGCCGAUCUCUUCAGCCAUGAGCUUGGCAUAUACUCCGCGUAUCACCCUCGGAGUGCAAGUCCCAACUUGUUGCUUCACUGGGACACACUGAUCAUAGACGAAGCCGCGCAAGCCACGGAGCCUGAAACUCUCAUUCCUCUACUCGUCGUGGCGCCGCCUUCUCCACAAAGCAAUUUUGUGCGAGAGCCGCAGGUUGUUUUGGUCGGCGAUCAGAAUCAGCUUGGUCCGCGGACAGCCAACAAAACAUCUGCCUUGCGGAGAUCGCUCUUCGAGGGCCUGCUGAGCCGAAGUCUGUACUCCAACCAUCCUCUUGCACGUGCGAAGGAGGAAGGCGGCCACAUACCGCGACUCACAAGCGAUAUGCUCCCGAUCCUGAGGCCCCCUUUCGUCGACCUGAUACGCAACUAUCGGUCUCAUCCCGGGAUACUCGCGAUUCCGUCCGCUCUCUUCUACCACGAUACACUUGAGCCGGUAGCGGAAGAUACAGAUGCCUUGCUCAACUGGCCUGGCUUCGAGGCUCGCGACAUCCCAGUUGUGUUCCAUGACCACAGAGGAUCGGAUGAGAUUGAGCGGGAUGGAGGCGGCUGGUAUAAUGUCAGUGAAGCAGACAUCGCAGUUGAUCUUGCUCGAUCAUUUCUGAAGCAGGGAGUCUCGGCAGCGGACGUGUGCAUCAUGAGUCCCUUCAGCGCUCAGGUCAAAUUGCUUCGAGCUAAGGCAAGAGCUCAAGGAUUCAUUAUGGCCGCUAUCAACGUUGGACCACUUGAGGCUUUCCAAGGCCUUGAAUUUCGCGUGGUCAUCAUCUGUACCACGCGCACUCGCAACCGCUUCCUAGACCAAGACAUCGCUCGAGGCUUAGGAGUGAUCCACGAACCAAAACGAUUCAACGUAGCUCUCACACGCGCGAAGCAAGCUAUGAUCGUCAUCGGGAACCCGGAUGUCUUGGACCAGGAUCCGAACUGGGCAGCUUUCAUGGCUUUCUGCAAGCGUAACGGUGCCUGGAAAGGCGGCGAUGAGCACAUCUGGGAAGCACCGCAUGGCCAAAAUAUCAGGAUCUCUCGACUCGAGAAGCAGCUGCGGGCACGUCAAGAAGCAACGAAUGCUUUGAGUGAUGGCGUGAGACAACUCGGGCUGUCCAAUGAUCCAGAGGCCGCAGCGUAUGAGGAGGGCGUGGCUGCUGCUGGAGCUGUUAUGAGUCCUGACGAUGAGCUCUUAUUUGAGGAAUCUGGUGCUCCUGGCGAUGAUACGGAGUCUUGAGAUUCGAUUCUCUUGCCUGCAGCACAUGCAGUACCUAAUCCGCCAUCGUAAUCGAAUGUCACGUUUGGUUCAGUGCACGAGAGGAUGGUCGACUGACUUCAUCGUGGCAGAAUGCCAAUGGACAUUCGAGCUAGGUGGUUGACGUACAUGAAGAACGCAAUCGAAGUGCCGUGGAGGACAGCGGAUUUCCAACCAAGUAAUAUGCAUCCGGAAAAUAUGGUUAUGAAGUAGGCUUUGACUGGAAAGCUGCGCUGAGUUGUCCAGAUUCAUUGGAUAACCGUGGGUACCUCUAGAUGCAACUGCCUCUGAGUGCAAGCGCCUAAACAGAUUGGCUCUCGAUCCAUGAAAAGCUUUGCUGAUUGGUUUGGCGACUUGCGGUUGCACACUGAGGUAGUUGCAUUCAGAGUUAUCCGCGGUUACGAUGAUUACCCGGUUGUUCCUCGCUUCUCACAC